AUGCUUUACGGCAGUAUGAUUUGGACUUCUUGCGGUAAAGAAAAUCUUUUGAAAGUUCUGCGUCUUCAAAAAUGUGCAAUGUUCUAGACUAAUUCUUGAUGCCAAAAGAACAACACCUUCUGUCAGCUUAUUUAACUCCCUAAAGUGGAUUCCCUUUCAUGCUGAAUCAUUUGUAAAUUGAUGCAAGCUUACAAAAGGCUGAAUGGCAAUACCCCUGAAUAUAUAAAUGAUUUACUUAUCAGGAACUCUGACACACAUAACAGAUCAACCCAUUUCUGUAGUCUUCACUUAAGUUGCCCUCGAUGUAAGAGAAGUAAGGAAGCUGGUCGAACGUUUGCUGUGAGAGCAACAAAGGAAUGGAACAAUCUUAGUGUGGAGCUCUAA